AUGGAGCCAGAGCUGGAGGAGAACAAGCAGCAUUUUGUGAACUACCUGCCUCAGGUCCCGGCCCCGCGCACCUCGGCUGCGAACUACACUUCCCGGCAGGACGCGAGCGCGCGCACGCGCACCGGGGCCUCCACCAUGGCGACCGUGCUGUCCAGGGCGCUCAAGCUCCCCGGAAAGAAAAGCCCGGACCUGGGGGAGUAUGACCCCCUCACACAGGCCGACAGUGAUGAGAGUGAAGAUGAUCUGGUGCUUAACCUGCAGCAGAAGAACGGAGGGGUCAAGAAUGGGAAGAGCCCACUGGGGGAGGCACCGGAGCCCGACUCGGAUGCCGAGGUUGCAGGGGCUGGGAAGCCACGUCUCUCCGAGGUCACCCCCGAGGGGUACCCCUUGGAUCCCCUGGGGGCCCUGGACCAGAAGGCGGCCUCCUCUGUCGUGUCCUACGUGCGCACAUCCGUCUUUCUGCUGAUGCUGGUGGUCUCCAUGGUCCUAGUGCUCGUGUGUGCUUUCCUGAUCCCCUGUCCCCCCCGAGACCUGCACAGCACGUGGAGUCGCCACCUGGGUCCCCAGGGAGGCGGGGACCUGUCGCCGUUGGACCUGGCGGAUGUAAAUGGAGACGGCCUGCGAGACGUGCUCCUCUCCUUCGUGCCAUCAGGGAACGGGAGUGCGGCCGGUGUCUCCAGACCCCCUGCUGUCCUCGUGUGCCUUUCGGGGAUGAAUGGCAGCACGCUAUGGUCUAGUCCCCUCCCCGAGGAAGCCCGAGAUAUUACCUGUUUGGAUCUGACACCAGGGGACAUGGCCAAAACUGUCUGCCUGGUGACGGGGACACACAAGAUGCUCAGUGCAUUCAACGGGACAUCAGGGAAAGCCAUGUGGACUUUAAACCCAAACUACUUAUCCAACGGGACCCUGGCCGCCCCGGCUGUGGUACUGCCGGAUGUGGAUGAAGAUGGUGUUAGAGACCUCGCGGUUCUGGCCUUUGGGGAGUUGCAGCAGGAUCUGUGUUUUCUGCUGGUGUCUGGCCGGACAGGGAGCUCCGUGGGCCGACCUGUGAAGUACAACAUCGUGGGAGUGGGCAACCUGAUUGGCCCUCAGGUUUACAUCACCGCCAGCGGGGCCGCCUACAUCCUGUUUGGCUUUGGUAAUAUCCAGGCUGUCGCCCUGCGGGAUAUUUUCAUCCAGGCCCAAAAUCGAGACAACUUACCACCUUCCCUGCAGAUAGAGGAACCCGAGUGGGAGAAGCAGAGAUCCGUCAACCUGUCUGAGCUCAUUGAUGUUUACAGCGAUGGGGUGGAGCUCCUCCAGAUGGUGAAGGCGCCGGAUUCCAACAGCAGCAACCUCCUGAUCACAACCAGACAAGGCCUCGUCCUGCUGCGGGGGCAGAACCUCACCCCUUCCUGGGUCUUGGGCCUCCAAGGCCCGCACAGCCAGCCUACUCCGGGGUAUUUCACGGAUGAUGAGACGAUAGAUUUCCUUCUGCAGAUACCAAAUGGAGUUGGGAUGAAAAAGGUGAUGGUGGUGGACGGAGACUCUGGCCUGGUCACGUGGAGUUACAGCAUCCCAUGUCACAUGAAAGAAACUCCGGCCACAUCAGCAGCCACUGUGGAGCAGAAAUCUGUCUUCCUCUUCUGGGCUGAAGGGCUGUCAGCUGCAUCGCCCAAUCCCGAUGUUGUCCUGGGAACUGAGCCACCCAGCCUUCACCACCUAUACCUCCUGCAUCCCACCUUCCCCUCCAUCCUCCUGGAUCUAGCCAAUGCCACUGGCACUGUGACAGCUUCAGAGGUUGGGAUCAACGACCUGUGGAAAGACGCCUUUUACGUUACCAGGACAACAGGGCCCAGCUCUGAAGGGCACCCGGCACCCCUGGUGGUCAGCAAGCUCAGUCUGCGGUGGGCGCUGAUGGAAGGCCAAAUGGUCCAGCUGGAGGAGACCACCCCCAAAAUCGGCCGCGGGGAGCUGCGCAGAUUCCUCUCGAGGAUAAAGUUCGUCGACUCUCCCUACCAGCCAGUACAGUGGGGUGUACAUGAUGGAUGAAGAUCGAGGAAGCUUCAUCUGACCGGUGUGGGUGCUGGGCUGUUGUCAAACAUGUCCCUGAACUUCCUUCUCUUCUCAGGCAACCCCCUGACCAGAUGUCUAAGACAGGAAGGGCUCCUCUCCUCCCCUGCGCUCCACUCGGGGUGCCAGCAGAGCCCAUCAACCACUACUUAGAAACGGUACUGACUUCUGAGAACACAAGGCUGUUCCUUCUCCCAGCAUCUCCUUUUUACGUCCCUUAUGAACCCUCCACCCUAGAUAACAUCUUCCCCACCAUCCCCUCCCAGAGGGUCUCUGCCGCCUUUCCUCGUGUGGUCGGUGGCUUCCCCCCCGCCCCUUCGAAUGUGAAUGGCCAUCCUUAGUACCCGUGUUUAAGGAGAGCCAGCUGGUACGUUGUCAGGAA